GUCGAAGUUACAACUCCCUCCACACUCCAUUAAGCCGUAGUAUGUAUCAGUAAGUGCAAUCAAUACAUUUGCUAUGAAUACCAAGUUCGCAAUGAGAAUACAUUCAGACACUGUCCAGCACGAAAAAAGUUUCACUUGUAAACGUAGAAGAACACUGUUCAGACACUGUUCGGAGGAUGUAGGUUCAAGUGAUCAAGCCCAGGAAUCGCAAGAAGCCCUUCACAUGCCGAUAGGUCAUAAAGACGGAUAUGAAAUAGUCAGCGAUGAUGGGCCAGCGUGCCCAGAUCGUGGAGAAGAAACCUAAACAUCAUGUAUACUGCAUUCAACGACAUGAUCCGAACGUUCCGGAGCCUCGGCAAACAUUGUGAAGCUGCUCUGAGACGCCCACAAAAGGACUCUAGACUUCUGCCCCUUGAUACCCAUCUUUACCCAUCAGUUCAACUGUUGAGGAGCAUCCCCUUAGGCCAGCUGCCGGUGCAAACCCACUUCCAAAAUUUCCAAGCCUGCGAUGCCAGCGCCGUGAAAACGGAACAAAGUGACAGGGUCCACUGGCGAGGCUUUACUCAUGUGUGUGUAAAACAAAGGGGGAGGGAAAGAGGACUUUCUGCUACCUUCAUGUUUGGGUCGAGCGCUUUCGAUCUGAGGGCUGUUGAUUUUUUGGGUUCUAACUGUGGCGUAUCGAGAAUUUUCGUUGAAGAGGAAGUGUCACGGAUCGUAUCUGCGGUGGCGCUGAGGUCGUUUGGUGAUUAGCGCCUCCGAGGCGGGGCUUGUUUGCACCAGUGUGGGAUAAGGGUUGUGAUAUUAGUGUUGGGUGUUUAGGGUAGAUCUCGCGUUUUAGUGCUUCA